AUGACAACCUACGGAGCUGGUAUUCCUCGCUCCUACGUGGCUCCGCAUUUCCCAGCGUUAUACUGGCCCGUCCGCGCCAAAGCAGGCGAAGCCCAAUACCUCUAUUAUCUCUCCGACAUUUACCGUUACACACUGUACUGGACGUUGCUCACUAUUGUGGCUGCGCACAUUUGCGUCGCCACGUGGGCCGUUCUUAUGCAAUUCAACUCGGCGUCACAGCGAAAGAAAUAUCUCUCCACACCCGCAGGCAAACGCCUGAGCGCAAAGAAUAGGAAACUGUUGGGAGAGUAUCCCUUUGGCGAGACUUCGAGCUGGGUGUGGCUGGUGCCUGUGGUAUACAUCGCCAUUGGCGGGUUGGAGGCAUUACUUGCAGGCAGUAUGGUUGGGUUAAUAUUGGGGGCGGUCUACAAUGCCGGAUAUUUCAGAAUGAGUACAUGGACGCCGUUGUUGUGGGGCGUCAUCAAUAUGCUGGUGCUAGUCGUGAGCAGUUUCAGAAUACAGGGCGGUCUAUGA